UCAACAACCCCCCGAUUUGGAUGAAACGAAAGUCUCACCAUGCGACGUCCUAGACAUAAUACGACCUCCUUACCGAGGGACCUGCGCGCCGAACUCGGAAUUAGAGAUACCUACGGCGAGAAGAAGAAUAGGAACAACGGACCGGCAUCGCGGAAAGAACGCCGUCGGGAAGAACGCUCCGGGAAGAAGCAGCCUCAGUUUCAGCGACAGCAGCGAGGGCCGCCUCCGAAGAAGAGGGGUCGGUAUGAUGAUGACGAGGAUGACGAUGAGGGUAUGGGGGACUUUGACGAUUUUGAUUUAGAUGAGGGUGAUGAUGAUGAGGAUGCGGGUGAUGUUAUGGCGAAACUUGCUAAGGCGAAAGCGGCGAAGGGGAAGGGUGCUGCUCCUGCUCCUGCUAAGGAGGAGAAGAAACAGCCCAAGUCUAUUUUGAAAAAGGCGAAGGCUGUGGAGAGUUCUGAGGAGGAGGAUGAUGAUAUUGACCUUGAUGAGGAUGAGGACAACGAAGUCACAAUGCGACGCCCGAUAUCGAAGACAGUUCAAUCAAAACUCGAGGAGGACGAUGCGGAAAUCGCUGCGCUGGAGAAGAAGCUCGGUCUGAAAAAGGGCAAGAAGCUCCCGAAGUCGUUCGAAGAGGAUGGUCUGGGUGAUCUGCUGGGCGAUUUGAAUGAGGAUUCUGCAGAUGAGGGCCGGAAGCGCAAGAGGGAAGCUGAUGAGUGGCUACGGAGUAAGCGGAGAAAGGCGCAGGGCCUGGAGGAGCCUGAGGAGGAGGAUUUUGAGGAGGAAGAUGAUAGUGAUAUGGGAGAUGGGCUUGAAGGCUUUGACGACGACGAGUCCAUGGGCGAUUUCGAUGAAGAUGAAGGUGAUGAGGACGAGGAUGAGGAAGAGGAGCCGGCUCCUAAGAAGAAGGAAAACCCUUACGUCGCCCCAGUCAAAGAAGCCGAAAGCCGUCCCCAGAAGUACAUUCCUCCUUCGCUUCGCGCUGCUUCUAACUCAGAAGAUGAGUCUCUUGUUCGCCUGAGGAGACAGGCUCAGGGUCACCUGAACAAGCUGUCUGAAGCUAACAUGGUCUCUAUCCUCGCGGAGUUCGAGAAGCUCUACCGGGAUCAUCCUCGUCAAAAUGUCACCUCGACCUUGAUCUCUCUGCUAUUCGGAUUGAUCUGCGAGAGAUCUGCUCUGUCGGAUACUUUCAUCAUUCUACAUGCGGGUUUCAUUGCUGCAGUGUAUAAGAUUGUGGGUACGGACUUUGGCGCGGAAAUCGUGCAGAAGAUCGUCGAGACCUUCGAUGCCCGCGGCGAUGAACGGGGUAAGUUCGAAGGAAAGGAGACCAUCAACCUGAUUUCUCUUUUGUCUCAACUGUACAACUUCCACGUUAUCGGAAGCACUCUUGUCUUCGACUACAUCCGGCUCUUCCUCGAAGAAAUCACCGAGGAGAACACCGAACUGCUCCUCAAGAUCAUCCGAAACUCCGGACCCCAACUCCGACAAGAUGACCCCUCCUCCCUCAAAGACAUCGUCCUUCUCAUCCAACCCGCCGUCGCGAAAGCCGGCGAAGCCGCCCUCUCCGUCCGUACCAAGUUCAUGAUCGACACCAUCACCGACCUCAAGAACAACAAGCUGAAAUCCAACGUGAACGCCAGCAUCAGCUCCGAACACAUCACCAAGAUGCGCAAGAUUCUCGGCUCUCUCAACAACACACGAGUCAUCCGGGCCUCCGAACCCAUCAGCAUCUCCCGCACCGAUAUCCACAACUCCGAGAAGAAGGGCAAAUGGUGGCUCGUCGGCGCCAGCUGGCGCGAAGAUCCUCUCGAGUCCGCCCGGAAGGAACUCAACGGCCUGCCUACGAACAGCACCCACGCCGACGUCUCAGACAGCGACUCCGAGCCCGACCUCGUCAAUAUCGCCAAAGCGCACCGCAUGAACACUGACGUCCGCCGCUCCAUCUUCGUCGCCAUCAUGUCCGCAACCGACUACCAAGACGCACACGUCCGCCUCCUCAAACUCCGUCUCAAACGCGCCCAGGAAUUCGAGAUCCCCCGAGUCCUGACCCACUGCGCCAUGGAAGAAGAAGCCCAUAACCCUUACUACACGCUCAUUGCGAAGCGCCUCUGUGGCGAAAUGGGCCGUCGCAUCAAGGUAUCCUUCAUGUACACGCUAUGGAACAUCUUCAAACGCAUGGGCGAGUCCGGCGACAUGGACGAUAGCGAUGACGACGACGCAUUUGACGACGAAGACGACCAAAACAAACUCGAGAUGAAAUCCAUCGUCAACCUUGCGAAGAUGUACGGAUCGCUUAUCGCAGAUGGGACGUUGAAUCUGGGCGUGCUUAAGAUCCUUAACUUCGCAUAUCUGCAGCCGAAGAGCAAGGCCUUUGUGGAGUUGCUCUUGAUCAGUGUGAUCCAGCAGUCGCAAAAGCAGAAGAAAAAGAAGAAGUCGAAGUCGAAGGAUGAGGACGAGCAGGAUGAGAAGGCGCUUCUGGAGAUCUUCCUGCGCGCGAGAGAAACGCCCCAGAUUGUUAAGGGAUUGAUAUUCUUCUUGAGGAAGGUGGUCGCGAAGACGGAUAUUGUGCCUUCUGGGAAGGAGUUGAAGGUUGUUAAGUGGGGGUGUAAGGUUGCGGUGGAUGCGUUGAAGGUUGUGGUUAAGGAAGGGGAUGCUGAGUGAUGUACAUACAUGUCUUGUGCUGUGUGGGUAUGGCGUUUUGGUCAUGGUGUUGAGGGGGGUAAAAGCUUGCAUAGUAUAUAGAUUCAUCUCCUUUGCAUUUCAUUCGAUGGAUGAAUGU